UUUUCGAUUUAAUUUGGCACGUCUAUCAUAUUUGUGAAUGCAAGACUGACUCACAAAGUACCUCCACUCCAGUCACAUAACUCACGCUGCGAGGCCUACAGUAUGUCGCAAACAUUGGUCUGAUGUGGUAAGAAUUCCUCUUCUUCAUUAAGGAACUAUUUUCCUGAAUGGCAGAAGCCAGUGAGGCUCUGGGAGCUGGUGCAUCGUUAACAGGGGAAACAUUCGAGAUCGUUGUUACCUCUAGCUAUGUAGAAGUUGUUCGGGAUGUGUGCGGAGCAGUGCGAGCGGUGGGAGAGGGAUGCAACCUAGCUCGAGAGACGUUGGAGGCAGCGAAAGAACUCGGCCAACAACUUGGACCAGACGUGAAAAAGGGAAUAGCAAUAGGUGUAGGAAUAGGAAUCGGAAUAGGAGUUACAAACCUAACCUUAGGUUCCAUCUGGACUAAGUGUAAAGAAUUACAACCCAUAAUCAAGCGUGUACUUAUUGCAAGUUUUGGUUGCGACGUUGGCAACAUUCGACCAGGAUGUUUGCAUGUUGAGUUACAUUGUUCAACAAACAAAAGAUUUCUGGAAGUCUUAGAGGAUUAUGAAUCAGGAAGAAUGAAGGAACGCUUGCAGGAAGAACUUUUGUUGGUUGGAAUUAAAGUGGAAGGACUGAAGGUGAAGAUUGAAAACAUGGAGAAGGUGAAUGAAAAAAAGGAAGCGAUUACGAAGAGAAUGAAAGCAUACAUGAAAGAAUACACGCCAGCAUUAGAUUUAAAACGAGAAGAUCUUGAAACAGCUGACAGUUGUUACAGCAUUGGAGUCACACUAAAUGAGAUGAAAGAUUACAAGACAGCAUUGAAGUCGCAUCAAAAAGCCCUCGAGAUUCGAUUAAAAUUGCUAGGGAGAGACCAUUUUCAGACAGCUCAAAGUUAUUUCAAUAUUGGGCUCAUACAGCAUGAUUUGAAAGAUUACCAGCUUGCGUUAGAGUCAUUUCAAAAUGCUCUCGAGAUUUUUCUGAAAUUAUUUGGAUUAGAUCAUUUGGGAUCAGCAGAAAGUUAUUAUAAUAUCGGAAUCAUUCAGCAUAAGAUGGGAGACGACAAGUCAGCAUUAGAGUCGCAUCAAAAGGCCUUGGAAAUCAGAUUGAAACUCCGUGGAAAAGAUCAUCCCGCGACAGCUGAAAGUUAUUUUACGACUGCAAUCAUCCAACAUGCAAUAAAAAAAUACAACUCAGCAUUAGAGUUGCGUCAAAAAGCUCUUGAAAUAAGGUUGAAACUACAUGGGAAAGAUAACUUUCAGACAGCCCUAAGUCAUUUCAGCAUUGGGAUCACACUACAUGAGAUGAAAGAUUACCAGCUUGCAUUAGAGUCACAUCGAAUUGCUCUUGAAAUCUUUCUCAAGUUAUAUGGAGAAGAUCAUCCUGCGACGGCUGAAAGUUAUUACAGAAUUGGCGUCACGCAACAUGAGAUGAAAGAUUACCAGUCAGCAUUAGAGUCGCAUCAAAAAGCUCUUGGAAUAAAUUUAAGAUUAUAUGGAGAAGAUCAUCCUGCGACGGCUGAAGGUUACUACAAAAUUAGCAUCACCCAACAUGAGAUGAAAGAUUACCAGUCGGCACAGGAAUCGCACGAAAAGGCUGAAAAGAUAAGAUCGAGAUUAUAUGGAGAUGAUGUUCUUGAAACCGCUGACGGUAAUCUAAGAGAUCCGAAAUCUUUGGGUUUGGUACUGGAAGCUUUGUCAUUGAUUGAAGAAACAUCAAUUCCUGAAAGUUCGCCAUUCACGAGUACAUGA